AUGAAUGGACAUUCAAUCGCUGCUGAUGCCAAAGAAGAACUACUGCCUUCAAAUGAUCUCGUCGAUGACAAGAGUAACAGAAGACCUCGACGUGUCGGGCCCGAACGAAAACCUAGGCAAGCAUAUAGUGCGAAGCAACUAGAAAGGCUAGAAGCAGAAUUCAAACUGGAUAAAUAUCUCAGUGUAUCCAAAAGAAUGGAACUAUCAAAAGCACUAGGUCUAACGGAGGUACAGAUUAAAACUUGGUUUCAAAAUCGACGAACGAAAUGGAAAAAACAGUUAACUUCCAGAUUGAAAAUAGCGCAGCGACAGGGAUUAUUCCCUGGACAAAUCUUCGGACACAACCCACAAGCUUAUUCACUUUUAAACCCGUACGGAUAUGCACCUUUGGGCUGCGUAUUCACACCAGUGUCCUUGCCAACUACCCAGUCACAAUAA